AUGGACGAGCAUACUCCCAAUCGCCCUGGCGAAGACGACCAUUGCGUGGCAGUAAUUGGACUUUCCUGCAGAUUCCCAGGGGAAGCAUCGAAUGCCGAGAGAUUCUGGGAAUUAUUGUGCCGGGGCCGUUGUGAGUAGCAAACGGUUGCUUUCAAGAGUAUUCUGGCUAAAGUAUUGUAGCUGCGCAUUCGAAAGUACCAGCAGAUCGAUUCAACGUUGACGCAUUCCACAGUGGACCUGCAGGAGGUCUCAAUUGUAGCAUUACCUCUGCCGGUCACUUUCUCGAAGAAGACAUCUCAAAAUGGGACGCCAACUUCUUCGGCAUCACGCCGGACGAAGCAGCAGCGAUGGAUCCUCAACAGAGACUCAUGAUGGAAGUUUCCUACGAAGCAUUUGAGAACGCUGGUAUCACUCCAAAGGAGCUUUCAGAAUCCGGUACUGGUUGUUUCUGCGCGAGCAACUCCAAUGAUUGGAGAGAGACGUUGUUCCGCGAUCCCGGAGCUGCACCAAGGGAUACAUGGACCGGAACAGGACCGGAGUAUAUCUCUGGUCGAGUCAGCUGGUUCUUCAAUAUGCGAGGGCCAUGCAUGACGAUCAACACGGCCUGCUCGUCCAGUCUCGUCGCGCUACAUGAGGCAUGUCGAGCCAUAAGGAGUGGCGAAUGCGAGAUGGCAAUCGUGGGAGCUGCUAACCUCAUCUUUAACCCCGAAUAUUACCUCUUCUAUUCAAAUCAGAACUUUCUUUCCCCGAGUGGGAGGUGCAAGAGCUUCGACGCCGAAGGCGACGGAUUUGGCCGUGGAGAAGGCUUCGGUGCUGUGGUAUUGAAACGAAUGAGCAGCGCUAUCGAAAGCCACGACGUGAUUCGAGCGGUUGUUCGAGGCACUGGGGUAGGCCAAGAUGGCUGGACCAGCGGCAUCACCUUGCCCAAUAAAUACGCCCAAGCAGAGCUGAUUCGGAAAACUUAUGCUGCUGCUGGGCUGCCGAUGACUGAGACGAGAUAUGUUGUAUGCACCCCGAGCUAGGAAGGUACAGUGCCGAUACCAGCAGACGAAUAACCUUCUCUCUGUAGGAAGCACACGGAACUGGAACCAAAGUAGGCGACCCGGCAGAGCUGGAAGCUAUCCAUAGUACGCUGGGGUGAGUGAAGAUCUUUCGGACGGCGGCAGUCGACCGAGCCAACAAAACUGCCUGGGAAUGGCGACCGAGCUCAUGCUCGAGCAAAAGUGUAAUGCUGAUGUGCGGCCAGAACGGAGGCCAAAACUCCAAUCUUGUUAGGUUCGGUCAAGACAAACGUCUGUAACUCUGCUGGGUUCUUCACCGCUGGAAGGUCUUGCUGACAAGUAUUUAGAUUGGACAUCUUGAAGGAGCAGCCGGUAUAGCUGGCAUGAUCAAGUCCGUCCUGAUCCUGGAGAAAGGGCAGAUUCCGCCAACUAUCGGUGUCCAGAAUCUCAACCCUGCAAUCAACCCAAAGCAUUUCCACGUGGUCGAUGAACUAACAUCAUGGCCCACAGGGGCAGGACCAAUGCGAAUCAGUAUCAGCUCGUUCGGUGCAAGCGGCACGAUUUCUCAUGCCAUCUUGGAGGCUGCGAAGUGUGUUAAAGUAAAUACGACCGGAUUUGAGCGCAAGGGCGACGGGCGUAACGACAAAAGGCCGUCGACAGCCAGACACCAAAGUCGGGUUGUGGUACUCAGUGCUAACGAUCCAUCGACACUAAAGCGGCAGAGACAGAACCUAUCUGAUCACCUGCGAAGCAAGUCGACGCCAUCGUCUGGCUACUUGGAUAGCCUGGCACAUACCUUGAACACCAGAAGAGCAACUCACCCAUACCGGAUGUCCAUGCAAGUGUCCAGCGUGGAGGCUUUACGCGAAGCUCUUGGGACUGAAAACGUGCCGGUUCAUCGCGCUUCAUCAACCAAGUACAGACUCGGCUUCAUCUUCACGGGCCAGAGUGCCCAGUGGCCUCGAAUGGGAGUCGGUCUCCUCACAUGUUCCGUCUUUCGAAAGAGUGUAGAGCGAGCAGACCAAUUCUUGAAAACCGCCCUGGGUUGCAAGUGGUCUGCACUUGAAGAGCUUCUCCUCGAUGAUGAACACACACACAUUCAUAAGGCAGAAUUUAGCCAGCCACUCUGCACAGUACUUCAAGUCGCAUUGAUAGAUCUUCUGGACUCGUGGGGUAUUACACCGGUGGCGAUGGUAGGCCACUCCAGUGGCGAAAUCGCCGCAGCUUACUGUGUUGGCGCUUUAAGUGCGGAAGACGCCUGGACAGCAGCAUACUGGCGCGGCAACCUCGACAGCCGUAGCAGGAUUCCAUCCGGUCGCAUGCUUGCCGCGGGCAUUUCCGCAAGCGAAGCACAUAGUUUCAUCUCAGAACUGCGGCAGGGCAUGGCAGUUGUCGGCUGUGUCAACUCGCCUUCCAGCGUGACGUUGUCGGGAGACGAGAAGGCAAUUGAUGAGCUGGCGGGCCUCCUCACGGCAGCAGGACAUUUCAAUCGAAAACUCAAGACGGACGUAGCGUAUCAUUCUCCGCACCUCUCAGCCGUCUCUCACGAAUACUUUGUGCGCAUACGAGGAAUAAAACCCAGACCCACGCGUACAGACCGGGUCAUGUACUCCAGUGUGACCGGAAGGGCGACAUCGGCAGCAGGACUGGGCGCAAAGGACUGGGUACGAAACCUGAUCUCGCCGGUCUUGUUCUCGUCUGCUGUAGAGAGCAUGAUGGGCUCCGAGCAGAUAGAUGCUUUGCUUGAGAUUGGACCGCACUCGGCCUUGGCAGCACCUGUCAAGUCGACCCUGUCCAGUCUCAGUCCUCCACAAGGAGACAAAGACUACUUCUCCGUGCUGACAAGAGGCAAAGACGGUGUUGAGACUGCCAUGGCUACGGCCGGAGAGCUAUUCACGAGAGGCCUGGAGGUCGAUUUCGCGAAGGUCAACAAUUUAGAUGAAGCCAGUGUUCCGGCGCUCCUCAUAGAUCUUCCGUCAUAUGCUUGGGACCACGAGAAGUCAUUCUGGGCUCAUUCCCGCUGGGACCGAGAUUAUCGGCUGCGUCCACAUCCAGCGUACAGGUUCAUCGGAGCGCCAAUGCCUCAACUCGUUGCAAACGAGCGGAUCUGGAGAGCCUUCAUCAAAGCGAGUGAGGAGUCGUGGAUCAUAGAUCACAAAAUCCAAGGCACGAUUGUCUACCCAGCAGUCGGGUAUGUUGCAAUGGCAAUCGAAGCAGCCAGACAAUUGGCAACUGAAAACCGCGCCAUUCGAGCUUUCCGGCUUCGUGAUGUGCGCUUCCUCGCUGCUGCGGAAAUGAACGACUCUGCAGCCACGGAGAUGACGCUUUGUGUACGCCAAAUGCAACGAGAUGACGACAAAUGGUUCUCGUUCUCCAUAUCAUCAUGCUCCGACGGCACAUCCCUUAAGCUCAAUUGUACAGGCUACAUCAGCAUUGAUUACGCUCUGGGAGACGAGACUGGAAAGGAGGCCAGAGAGCUAGCUGCACACGAGGACGAGAUUCGUCUGCGCUUUCAGAGAGCAAGAAACUCCUGCAAUCGGCCGGCCCAACCAGAUGCAUUCUACGCCGAAUUAGCUCGCAUCGGACUGGAGUUUGGACCUGCGUUCCGGAACAUCGUAGAUAUACGAAUGGGUGACGGGGAGAGCUUUUGUCUUGUCGACAUCGUCAACCCCUGCGGACAUCGCGAUGGACCUGGCUCGCAACGCCCAUUCAUCGUCCAUCCGGCGACGUUCGAUCCCAUCACUCAGACUAUCAUGGCUGCCGCAGGGCUUGUGUCGCGUACGCCAAUUCCAACCGCAAUUGACGAGCUUGUGAUCGCUGAAAGCAUCCCUUGCCACGAAGGCCAGCAGCUUGCAGUCUACUCGCACGUUCAACGACGUGGCCAUCACACAUUUCUCAGUGACAUUCAUGCCUUGGAUCCAGAGUCGCAGCGCCCAGUGUUGUCGCUGACUGGACUCAAACUUGCUCAGAUUGCUGGUCAGCCACAGCUUCAAGACCGAGCAUACAACGUUGUCAGUCGCAUCCAGAGCGAGCCAGCUCUUGAGCUGACAGCACCUGAAAGGCUUCCACAUGUAUUGGGAGAGACAUCAUCAGCGUCGAAUCUGGACAGGUUUCUUCAAAUACUGUGCCACAAUUCGCCAGAUGCUCGUGUACUAGAGCUGUCAGACAAAGAGGGUGUUGACGCAGAAGGUAGACCCGAAUUGCGCAAGAUCGUCGAAUUCGAUAUGGCCAAAUGGGAUGACGGGGAGAGGGAAAUGGGCGUACUCCGCAGUGCCAAGCCUCUUAAACCGGGCGCAUAUGAUGCUGUUCUGCUGUCACAGACAGGCGUUAUAAAAGCGUCGAGUCUCGAAAAGCUUCUAGAAGAGGUCAAACGCCUCUUGAAGCCCUUGGGCUAUCUCUGUGCAAUCGGUCUUGCAGCACAGCUCGAGGCUGCUUUGACUAAAUCAGGUUUCCAUGUCCACGCGACUGUACCCGGCGAUAGCUCUGACUUGAUCGUUACCCGCCCAAAUCCAAUUGGGGUAGCGCAAUUCCAGGCCAGAGACAUCAUCGUCCUCGAAUCGCCAGAGCCAACAUCAACAUGCAACGCUCUUGCAGAGGAGGUGGCAAAACAGCUUGAAAAGCAAGGAUAUCGUCCGGUACGCGUUGCGUGGCCCCCACCAGCGUCGUACGAGCCUUUGCUGAAGCGCGCCAGGUGCGUCUCUCUGGUCGAGGUCACCAAGCCGCUCAUUGCAGAUAUGCAUCGAGAGACAUUUGCAGAGCUGCAAAGGGUUUUCACCACAGCGUCCGAUGUGCUGUGGGUGACAGCCGGUGAUGACCCAUCGUUGUACGCAAUUGAUGGCAUGGCUCGAACCAUACGUAACGAGGAUGCUGCCACGAGAAUUCGCACCCUGCACUUUAGGAGCGCGCAAGGCAGUCAUGUUGCUGAUGUUGUAUCAUUGGCUGCGAUGUCCGAAACAAAAGACAAUGAGUUCUUCGUCGCAGAGGACGGAAUUGCACGUUCAACGCGUAUAGAGGAGGACGUUCCCUUCACCGACCGGAUUGAAGGUAUAGAGACACAAGUGAACGAGAGCGUGCCUCUUGGUAAGAACGGAGUCGCGCGGAGCUUGCAAAUCGGCGAGCUCUGUCAACUCGAUACGAUCCAUCUCACUGAAAACAAAAGCGUGCAUGCCGAAUUGCAGGAAGACGAGCUUUUGGUACGCGUUGCUUUUUCGGGAUUGAAGUAAGUGAGACGUUCGCUUCAGUUUGUGAUGCCGAAACUAAUGCCCACAUGUGUAGUUUCAAAGAUAUCAUGAUUGCAAUGGGCCGCGUCGCUGGAACGAUGGAGGGAGCAGAAGGUAGCGGUUCCGUGAUAGCAACGGGUAAGGGUGUUCGAGAUUUCUCGCCGGGCGAUCAGGUCCUGUGUUUGAGCAUUGGCAUGCAUUCUUCGAUCGCAAGAGUGAAAGCGGCGUCCUGCAGAGGUCUGCCAGACUGUUUGGACUUGGCAGAAGCUGCAUCCGUUCCAGUGGUGCACUGCACAGCGUACAAUGCUUUUGUCCGAAUCGCUAAAGCGGAAGCCGGUCAGUCUGUCUUGAUCCAUGCGGGUGCCGGCGGACUAGGCCAGGUCGCUAUCCAGUACGCCAAGAGCUUUGGCAUGGAAGUGUUUGUGACCGUUGGCUCGCCGGCCAAACGAGAGUUGAUCCAGAAGAUGUACGACUUGCCGGAUGACCAUAUCCUUAACUCCCGAGACACCAGCUUUGGCAAGGCCAUCAGGCGACUGACGCACGGUAGAGGAGUGGAUAUGGUACUCAAUUCCCUGUCAGGGGAAAUGCUUCGAGAGAGUUGGGCGUCCCUCGCGCCUGGUGGUACGUUCGUGGAAGUAGGGAAGGCCGUUUUGGAGAGCUUCCAGCCACAUCACGCCGUUGGAGCAACGUAUAGCACCUUUGAUGUGGAGCAUAUCAUCAGAGACAACCCGAGGCUCACGACGACACUUCUGGAUGGCGCGCUUGAGUUUAUUCGGCGCGGCAUCUGCAAGCCAGCGGCCCCUCGGACGAUAUUCCCGGUCUCGAGAGCGCAACAUGCCAUGCGCCUUAUGCAGACAGGCCAGCAUACCGGCAAAUUGCUUCUGUCCUGGCCAGAUGACGAUGUUGUCUCCGUGAUGGGAGACGGCGGUGCUUCUGCUGAGCUGCGGGUAGACGCCACUUAUGUGCUCGUAGGUGGUCUUGGGGGGAUUGGACGAAGCCUGGCCGAGCUUUUGGUCACGCUUGGAGCACGACACCUCUGCUUCUUGAGCAGGUCAGGUGCAAGGUCAUCUGCCGCACAAGCACUGCUGCAGGAUCUGCAAUGCAGGGGCGUAAACGCAAGAGCGUAUGCAUGCGACGCAGCUAAUCGCGAGCAACUUGAACAAACAAUCGCACAAUGUGCCAAAGAGAUGCCACCAAUUCAUGGAGCGCUUCAGUGUGCAGCCGUGUUCCGCGAUGCCACCUUCGAAAACUUGACCUUCGACGACUGGCAAGCAGCUACAAUGCCUAAGAUUCAAGCAAGCCGAAACAUGCAAGAAGUGCUGCCUGAAGAUAUUGGCUUCUUUGUAAUGUUGUCUUCUUUUGCGGGACUUUUUGGGAACCUGGGACAGGCAAGUUAUGGUGCUGGCAGCUCUUACCAAGACGCUCUUGCGCAUUGGCGUCGUACCCAAGGUCUGAAGGCCGUUUCACUAGACCUGGGCAUCAUCAAAGACGUUGGCGUGCUCGCAGAGACAGGUAUGACCGACAACCUCAGAGAGUGGGCUUGUUUUGGUAUUGGUGAACGUCAGCUGCACAAGCUGGUUCGGACGGCGAUCCAGGAUCAGGUUGCGAAUAUCAACAAUAUCCCACCGCAAGUGCCAACGGGGAUUGCGUCUGCCAGAGCAGCGCUCGAAGCGGGCAUCGAGCCACCGUUCUACCUGCAAGAUGCUAGGUUCUCGCGAAUGGCGUGGACCGGUGAUCAAAACCAAGGACAAGAUCAGCAAUCGGGGAGUGUUCCUUUCGCAAAGCGUCUCGGUGCCGUGAAGGUGGCCGAAGAGGCCGAGCAGAUCAUUUGCGAGAUGCUCGUACAACGAACAGCCAAAUGCUUGGCUGUGUCGGAGGACCGCAUCGACAUUGACCGCAGCCUCCCAUCAUAUGGCAUCAACUCCCUGGUUGCAAUCGAAGUGCGGAACUGGUUCUUCAAGGAGAGUCAGCUCGAUGUGCCAAUAUUUGAUCUCAUUUCGCCCUUGACGAUCAAGGCGCUUGCCGAGAAGAUUGUCAAGAAAUUGGCACUCUAA